CGUGCGCGAGCGGCCGCCCCGCCCCCCCCUCCCUGCGGGGCACUUCCGGUGUGCGGCAACGGGACCAGCCCCGCCAUGGCCCAGUCCCUGCUCCCCAUGCGCUGCCUGCGCUGCUGCCGGGCCCUGCUCCGGGCCCCCCCUGCAGCCCCCACCCCCUCCCGAGGGCCGUGGGGGUCCUGGGGGUCUCCAUCAUCAUCACCAUCAUCAUCAUCCUCAUCUUCAUCAUCAUCACCCCCAGGAGGGGGGGGCCGUCCCCCGCUGCCUCUGUGGCAGCGCCUGGCGGUGGUGUCGGUGCUGGGGGGGGCGGCGGCGGGGGCCUGGCUGCACCUCCGUGCGCAGCGGGAGCAGGAGCGGCGGCGGCGGCGGGCGCGGGAGCUGCGGGAGCUGGCGCUGGGCCAGGGCGACUUCCAGCUGCUGGACCACACCGGGCGGCCGCGGCGCAAGGCGGAUUUCCUUGGGCAGUGGGUGCUGCUCUACUUCGGCUUCACGCACUGCCCCGACGUCUGCCCCGACGAGCUGGAGAAGCUGAGCCGGGCGGUGGAGCUGCUGGAGGCCGACGCGGCGCUGCCCCCAUUGCAGCCCCUCUUCGUCACCGUGGACCCCGAGCGCGACGACGUGGCGGCCGUGGCGCGCUACGUGCGCGAUUUCCACCCCCGGCUGCUGGGGCUGACCGGCAGCCCCGAGCAGGUGCGGGCGGCCGGUGGUGCCUACCGCGUCUACGCCCGCGCCGGCCCCAAGGACCAGGACGGGGAUUACAUCGUGGACCACACGGUGGUCAUCUACCUGCUGGGUCCCGACGGGCUCUUCCUCGACUACUACGGCCGCGGGAAGACCCCCGCCCAAAUCGCCGACAGCGUGCGGCGCCACAUGCAGACCUACGAGCCGCUCCCCGACUGAGUGACAAUGGGGAGGGGGUGGUGAGUGGACCCCCCCCGGUGUGGACCCCAUGGGGACGGGACCCUCCCCAACCCCAUGGGGCUGUGCCGGAGCCGGGUGAUGCUGGGGAUGGGCUGGGGGUGGCACAACAAGGCAGGAGGUUUGGAAA